CCUUUCUCUCUCUCUCACUCACAAACACGCGCGCGCUCGCACGAUGUGUAUGUGUUGAGCGGGUGGCCGGGCUGUCUGUACUCUGGGCUACUUUUCACUUAUUAUAAAGCUGUGCUGCUGAAUUUAGUGGACAUGUCGAGACUGGACCUCUGAGCUGAAUUCUCCUCAGAACAGCAGGAGCUCCAGCAGGAGCACAGAAUCUAACAUUUCACCCUCAGUCCACUCUCUCAACAUCCUGACACACCGAGAGAGGGAUACAGUUUCUCCCCCACAGGACUUCUCCAACCGGUGCUAUCUGACAGCCUGCGGCUGUGUGAGGAUGGGAUGCUGUGUGUAUGGCUGGGUGAAUGCCCAGCACUGAGAUGUUUGGCCCUCCAUCUCGGUGCCUGUCUUAGUAAUGAAGAGCACCCCUGCCGUCCUCCUCCUCACUCUAUCUGUCCUGUGCAGAGCGGAGUGUGUGUGUGGGAAGACGGUGAAGGAUACGGUGCAAGAAUGGAACAGAUAUCAAAACGCGUGCCUUGUGAAGUUGAACUCAGAUCCCACCCCCUCAGGAUUGUUCUGCAGACGCAUGUUUGAUAUGUACGCCUGCUGGCCAGAUGGGGUGCCCAACACCACAGUCAAAGUGCCCUGUCCCUGGUAUUUGCCCUGGCAUGACCAAGUGCACACUGGGUAUGUACUACGGGAAUGUGGUCCAGAUGGUCAGUGGCACACCAACAACACUAGCCGCACCUGGAGAGAUCACUCGCAGUGCAGUGCUGAUAGCACCAAGCAGAGAGAAGAGGAGUAUCAGAUACUGAUCCUGGCCUACUUUAGAGUGAUGUACACAGUGGGUUACUCCUUGUCUCUGACCAGCUUGUCUCUGGCCCUCAUCAUUCUACUUCUAUUUAGGAAACUCCGCUGCACUCGGAACUACAUCCACACCAACCUUUUUGCCUCCUUCAUCCUGCGUGCUGUGUCCAUCCUCACACGUGAUGCUCUUCUCACCAGAGAUGCUCCCGAGUUUAGAGACAACAGUGAUGUGUCCAGUGUCCUGAGUGACCAGGCUCUGUCUGGCUGCCGCAUCGCUCAAGUGCUCAUGCAGUACUGCGUGGGAGCCAACUACUUCUGGCUGCUAGUGGAGGGCCUGUACCUCCACAACCUCCUGGUGCUCAUGGUGUUCUCUGAGAACAGUUACUUCUGUGGUUACCUCGCCAUCGGGUGGGGUGCUCCAGUACUCUUUGUGGUGCCGUGGAUAGUAAUGCGCUACCUGUAUGAGAACACAAGGUGCUGGGAGAUCAAUGAAAACAUGGCCUAUUGGUGGAUCAUUCGAACCCCAAUCCUCCUGGCAAUUUUAGUAAACUUUUUCAUAUUCAUAAGGAUUAUCAAAAUUCUCAUCUCCAAAUUAAAAGCACAUCAGAUGAGAUAUACAGACUAUAAAUUCAGGCUGGCCAAGUCCACCCUGACCCUCAUUCCCCUCCUGGGAAUUCAUGAAGUGGUAUUUGCUGUGAUGACAGAGGAGCAGACUGAGGGUGUUCUACGCAAUGUCAACCUCUUCUUUGAACUCUUCUUCAACUCCUUUCAGGGCUUACUGGUGGCCAUUUUAUACUGUUUUGUUAAUAAGGAGGUUCAGUCAGAAAUCAAGAAGAAGUGGCAGCGAUGGAGGCUGGGAAUUAGCGUGCUAGACGAUCAACGCAACACUGGAAGCCACACACCACAGGGGGGCACCGGGCUCCAGUGCCACUACGACCACCCCUGCCAGCCAGACUGUCCUGAGGGGAGCAGCAGCCACCUGUGUUUGGACGCUCCGCCUCCCUCAGCCCAACUGUCUCUCCACCAGCAUCAUCAUCCUGGAGCUAAGAAGGGCAAAGCCUACUGCUACAUCUCUGCCAAGAAGCAGGUGCUGAAUGGGAUAGACCUGCCAGCACCAGGCCACUGCGGGGUAGAGGGAGUGAACAGAUACUCUGAGAGCUACUGCUAAGACCAUGUGGAAAUAUACCUUUUUGUAAAGAUCCACAUGAUCUUCUACAUUAUACUGAACAGGAUUUCAUGGACUUUCCUAGGAGAGCUUUGAAUUCAGUGGUGUUUACAGAUGCCUCUAUUAUGGGGCUUUGAAAGGACUGAUAAUUCAGAAGAGCAGUGCUUUUUAAUCUGGAACUUCAAGUCCAAAAACUUGCAAUUGAUUACCGGAUACCGACCAUUGAUUUUGUGUUUUCUACCUCUUUACCUCAUUUUGGACAACACUGAUAAUACACUGUGCAUAUAUGUAUAUAUGUAAACAUCACCUUUGGAACAACUCAUUCUGGACAUGAAAAUCCAAUCCAAUAAAAAGUAAUGGAAUAACCUUUUGAGGAUUUUUCUAAUCAAAUAGGGAGCUUUCACCAAUCAUCAUACAAAUAGUUGCACCCAGUGGGAAUAAAUGUCAUGGAAUGACUUGGAAUGUCAGCGGGUCUUUGUCAUUGACAAAAUCCACUUUUGUGUCUGUGGAUUGGACUAACAAAUCCAUGUGUAGAGAGGCACAUACUCAGCGCCAAAGUGAACUGUUUGUUUUUACGCACUUGUCCAGAAGGCCAUGUGUUGUCCUGUUGUGGGUUAGUUUGGUACUAUACCAGUUUAAUGUUGGCCUUCAUUACAUGCACUUUGAUAGCCCACUGUUACAUUAAUGAGGUCCUGCAACCGCCAGCUCUACAGUGGCUUGCAAAAGUAUUCAUACCCCUUAAAAUCUUUUUCCCCAUUUUGUCACCUUACAACCACAAAAUCUGAAAACGUUCAAGGGGUAUGAAUAUAUUUGCAAGCCACUUUACAUUUUAGGAAUGACUUAGAUGCCCCACCGCCAGACAUAUCCACCACUGAAACUGUGUGCAGUGUUAUUGGACGUGCUACUAACACGCCACUCUUAUUGCGAAAUCCAAUGGAUUGAGUGCAUAUUCAAUCUCUAGAACUCCAUGACAAAACAUGUUACAUUACCCAUGCAUUAAAAUAAUAUGUCCAGGUGUGGUCCAUAACAAUCUAAUUUUAGUUCUUUAUUGUUUCUGGAUUUUUCUUGCUUCCA